CCCAAUGGGAAGGGUUUGCUGGAAGUGGAUUUCACCCCUGCAAACCUGCCCAAGUGAAUGGCAGUCAUCUCCUUCAGUUGGGUCUCAAUGGUUGCCGUGCAAAAAUUAAAUAUAUACGUAAUGCAUGGCUUUAUUUUAUAGGCAUUUGUAUUUGGCCAUGAGGCUCAGCACGAGGACAGCGGGGUAGAAAUGGUUGGAAAUGUUUCCUCGAGAGCUCAGAGCCAGGAUUCUGGAAGACCUGAAAAAUGAGAUUGAGAAGAGGCAGAAAAGCACCACUAAGCUCUCGGAGGAGAUUUCCCAGCAGGAUAUGAAACCACAGGGAGAGAAGAGUCAGCAUUCGGAUGUGAAAAGCCCCUCCACCAGGUGUGGAAAAGUGACCUUCCAGCUGCCAGCGGGUGCCUCUCCAGGGCCAGAAGAGAGGCUGUGCCAUUUCUCAUGGAGGAACGGAGCUCUGAAGGAACACCUGAAGAAGCUUCAAGCCAGCAUCACCCUGGACCCCAACACCGCUCACCCUGACCUCGUCCUCUCCGAAGACAGAAAGAGUGUGAAACGUGGGGCAGGACAGCAGGACCUUCCUGAUAACCCCGAAAGAUUCGCCUACUGGCCCUUCGUUUUGGGCCACCAAAGCUUCUCCUCCGGCCGGCACUGCUGGGAGGUGGAAAUGGGGGAUGAAGGGGACUGGGCCAUCGGCGUGGCCCGAGAAUCCAUCCCACGUAAAGGUCAACUCAGCCUCUGUCCCAAAGGGGGGAUUUGGGGGUUGGAGAAAUGGGGGGGACAGAUCCGGGCUCUCACCACCCACAAGGUGACCCUGUUAGCUCUGCGCUGGGUGCCCAGGAGGGUCAGCAUCCACUUGGACUACGCUGGAGGGACGGUGGCAUUUUUUGAUGCCGAUGAAGGGGGGCUCAUCUUUGUUUUUUCCCACGCGUCCUUUGCUGGGGAGGGGGUCCGUCCGUGGCUGUGGGUGGUGGGGGUCAGGUCCAAGCUGAGGCUGUGCCCCUGAGACAGGGAAAAGGGUCACCCCACAUCCUACAGCCUCAGGGGACAGCCCCAUUCCCACUCAUCCCAUGGGGAGCAGAUGAAAUGAGGGCUUGGGGUUUUUCUGUGUCCUUCAUCCCUAUGAACCUAGUGCCAUGGAAUCACACUGAUAUGAUAUUGACUGAUGUGAUAUUGUUAAGAAGUGCUGAGCAAGAGAAAAACGGGGCAACAGAAGGGAAAAGUGCUGCACUGGGUGAUUAGAAUGUAGAAAAGGGUGGUCGAAAGGGAAAAUCCCACCCAACAGAAUGGAAGAAAGACAGAUUUCCCCAGGGUUUGCCCCCAUCUGAGAUGGUCACCUUCAAAUCAAGUGGUCCACUCUUCUUGAAGAUUUGGUGUUUGAAGCCUCAGAGUGCACAAUAAUUCAUAAUAAAAUGCUUAAUUUUCCCCUCUGUGUCUUUCU